AUGGCGAUGGAAAACAAGCAGCCCCUUCUCUCACCGGGUAAGUGCGGUGACAUGACGCGUGGCGUGUCCUCUCCUAGUGAUGAAGAUCUCCCGGAUCCAUUUUCUACGCUGUUGGAGGAUGACGAGGGAGAAUAUAACGCAGAAUCCUUUCAGACUGACCUCGUGGCCAAUAAUAUUAAGGCCGAAAAAGACAGAGACAUUAAUACAACAGAAUGCGGAGCUAUUCGAAUCAAGUGUGAAUCCAGAGACUCCGGUGAGGAGGAAGAAGUCAAAGGUAAUUCUACACCUGAAGAAGACACGGAGAUAGAGUACAUAGCUGUUCAAAUUAAAGAGGAAUCUGAGGACUCGUGCGAUGGUGGAGAUGUUUCUACUCUGACCAGAUGCGAGCUACAUAAACGUGCUGGUCUUAGAGGAUGCAACAAAACCUGUAACGCCGAGUUCCAACCACCCGCCCAAUCGGAGAGCAGAUGCCCCUGCCCGCAGUGUCCCAAAAGCUUCACCAGUCAGUGGGACUUGGCAAAGCAUCAGACUGUUCACAAGCGGAAGCAGUUUAGCUGCUCCCGAUGUGGAAAGGAGUAUUCCUAUAAAGCGGGUCUGGUUAUACACGAAAGGGCCCACACAGGGGAGAAACCAUUUUCCUGCCCCCAGUGCGGGAAAUGCUUUGCUCGUAAAUCUGUUCUAGAUUCACAUCUUCGAGUUCACACGGGAGAGAAGCCGUACUCUUGUUACGAAUGCGGGAAAUGUUUUUCUAAAGAAACAAAUCUGAUCACCCACCUGAGAAUCCACACGGGGGAGAGACCGUUUGGGUGUCCCGAGUGCGGAAAGCGGUUUAUCCAAAAGUCCGAUCUCGUUAACCAUCAGCGGAUUCACACGGGGGAAAAGCCGUAUGCUUGUCCGGAGUGUACGAAACGUUUCACUAUUAAAUCUGAUCUUGCCACGCAUCGGCGCAUCCACACCGGGGAGAAACCCUAUGGCUGCUCCGACUGCGGGAAGCGCUUCGUCAAGAACUCUCUUCUGGUUGCCCAUCGGCGGAUUCACUCCGGGGAGAAGCCGUUCAUGUGCUCUGAGUGUGGAAAACGUUUCACAAAGAACUCCAUUCUGAUUGCGCAUCAGAAAACGCACACAGGGAAGAAAAGCCAUGAAUGCUCUGAAUGCACAGCUUGCUUUCCAAAGAAAUCAGACCUGCGCAGGAGGCAUCAGCGUAUUCACACAAGCGAGACGCCAUAUUCUUGUCCUGAGUGCGGGAAAGGUUUUAGAAAUAACCAGCACCUUGUUCAACAUCUCAGAAUUCACACCGGGGAGAAGCCUUAUUCCUGUACUGAGUGCAUGAAAUGUUUUAGCAGUGACCGGCACCUUGUUCAACAUCUCAGAAUACACACCGGGGAGAAGCCUUAUUCCUGCUCCGAGUGCGGGAAAUGUUUUAACAGGAACUCAAUCCUUGUUCAACAUCUCAGAAUACACACCGGGGAGAAGCCUUAUUCCUGCUCCGAGUGCGGGAAAUGUUUUAACAGUCAUUCAAACCUUGAUCAACAUUUCAGAACUCACACCGGGGAGAAACCUUAUUCCUGUCCCGAGUGCGGGAAAUGUUUUAAUAGAAACACAUGCCUUAUUCGACAUCUCACAAUUCACACCAGAGAACAACCGUAUUCCUGUCCAGAGUGUGGGAAAUGUUUUAGCGGUAACCGGCACCUUGUUCAUCAUCUCAGAAUUCACAGAGGUGAGGAGCCUUAUUCCUGUUCUGAGUGCAGAAAAUGUUUUACAAGGUCCUCAGAUUUUGUCUUCCAUCAGCGGACUCACACAGGAGAAAAAACAUUUCCUUGUUCUGAUUGCGGGAAACGUUUUACUAAUAACUCAAACCUCGUUCGACAUCUCCGAACUCACACCGGGGAAAAACCCUUUUCAUGUUCCGAGUGCGGGAAAUGUUUCAAACAGAAGACACAUUUUGCACGCCACCAGCGAAUUCACACUGGGGAGAAGCCUUACAAGUGUUUGGACUGUGACAAAUGUUUUAGAACUAAAGCAAAUCUCAGUAAGCACCAGAGCGCACACACGGGUUAUAAAUGUGAAAGAAUUGUGUGUAACGCGAUGGGGUCUUGUUAAUAUGGAGGCUUUGAUUAUUGUUAAAUAUUCCUUUACUAAUUCUUAGCAGCUGAAACCCAAAGGUUGUGGAGCAUAUAGAGUU